UUACUUUCCCUCGGUUAAAUUUAAACAAGUGGUCGUAGGGUAUUAAUAUUAAGGGAUAUAUUCAGAGAAAUUGACCUCUCUAUUUGAUUUAAGGAUACUUUAGAUCGGUGAACAACACAAGUUAAAGGAUUAGAACCAGUUGAAACGUUCCACGUAAAUGGCUCAUAACUGGGGACUCAGUUUAUGAUAGGAAUAUAUUUGGUGGCAGAGCGUAUUGAAACUAGCAGAGAUCUAGAUCUAGACAUAAAGUAAAGACGUCAUAAAUACAGGUCAUCAAGAUGAUGAUGUCAAUGUCUUGUGAGGUGAAGUUUAGGGUGCGUGCCAAGACAAGACCUGGAGAGACAGUAUGCAUUGUGGGAGAUUCUCCGAAACUUGGACAGUGGGACCCGCACCAUGCAGUUACCAUGAGAAGAGAAACAAAGAAACAUGUUCCAUCAGAUAAAGAUUUUACAGAGUGGUUUGAGGAAUGUUCAGAAGAUGGAGACAUCUGGUCAAAGACUGUAUUUUUAGACGGGUAUGACAGCCACUACUACCGCUAUUUCAUCUGUCGAAUUACUCAGUCAGAUAGCGAGGAUGACUCUGGACGUAUUGUACUAGUGAAGUUUUGGGAGGGGCAUAUUAAGCCACGCUGUUUAGCCCAAAAAAGUGUUACCUUAGAUGGUUGA